AUUGCAUUUGUUCUUCUACGGUCUUUUAUUUUUGCAUAUACUUAGCGCUGUGUCGGAUUCCUGGUCUGCUACCAUGUCUCGAGCCUCCAAGUUAACAUUGGCCUGCACCGGCCUCGGCACAGCCGGGAUCGUCUACUUUGUGCACUGGUCUCAGGUGCAAGAGAAGGCUGCCAUGCAUCGCGGCGUCGAACGCGACGUCGAAAAGCAGCGCGUCCGCCUCGAACGACAAGCCGACUUCGACAUGCAAAAGGCGCUCGAGGAGGAGUACCGGAAAAUGCAAUCUGUAUCGCCUAGCGGGGCGGGGCCAGGGACAGGGUCAGGGACAGCAGGGGCAUCGAAUUCGUGACCUGGUUGGGACUGGCUGGACAGGACGGCCGGUGGUUGUGUGAUUAUAGAUGCUCGGCGCGGUGCUGUCAUGCGGUGCUCGGCCGGGCUUAGACUUGUAUAUUAUACCCGGAUGUACAUUAUGUGAUAAAUCUACUCUUACGAUAUUUGAACAUGGUUGAUUGC